AUGGCAAAAAGUGGUGAAGAGAAAAAGAGACCAACAUUUCUUGCUUCAAAUGGAAGCUUGCAUGGUGAGAUCGAUGACGAUGAAUCGCUUCUCUUUGAAGAUUGGCUUAACAACCAAUCAUUUGGCCAACACGUACAACAAGAAGUUAUUGCAGAUGGACCUGUGAAAAUAAGAGGGCCAAGUCGCCAGGCAGACAACUUUUUAGACCCUGCUAAAACAUUAAAGAAAUCAUCAAAGAAGUGA